AUGUCAGAGAAGAAUAUGAGCGCCAUGCUGUCCGUCAGUCCGUCCAGGGGACUAGUGGAUGAAAAGUUCCGAGUGGUUGUGAAGAAUUUGUUAUCUGGACAAGACGUCACUCUGCACUCCCUACUGCGCUCUGAGGAUGACGACCUCUGGCAGGCUUUUGGACAUUAUGUCAGCGAUGAUGAAGGAACCGUGAAAGUUGCAGAACAUGUGUGUGUGGGAGGAUCGUACCAGGGCAUGGAGCCCAUGGGUCUGCUCUGGAGCAUGAAGCCAGUGCCUGGGAGUAGAACAGGACUCAGGUUGCGGAAGAAGGAUCUCAGCACCCCGAUGUUGGUGCACAUCUCUGUGUACUGUGGCCACAUCAGCCAGGGGUUCAGAGAGACGAAGGCGUUGGCUUGUGCCGUCGCCGAGCGCUGGUACAUGGCGCCAGGCGUCCGCAGGGUAGAGGUCACAGAGGGCGGGGUCAGAGGAACGCUCUUCCUGCCUCCAGGUUCUGGACCUUUCCCUGGAAUUUUGGACAUGUGGGGAGGGGGUGGAGGCUUAGUGGAGUACCGUGCCGCCCUGCUUGCAUCACAUGGGUACGUUUCCAUGGCACUGGACUACAUGUCACCAAAGGCCUUGUCAGACCCCUCUAGACAAGUUGGAAAACAGUACUUUGAGGCUGCAUUCACCAUUCUGAAGGAGCAUCCCCAGGUGUGCAGUGACCGGGUCGCCAUGUUUGGACUGUCCUUUGGCACCUCCGUUGUCCUGUCGAUGGCGGUGUACUCGUCCGUGAUCCAGCCCAGGUGCCUGGUAUGUUUGAGCGGGAGCCACGUGCAGCCACUGCGGGGAUCUCUGGCUGACGUCUUUAAGGAUAUUGAGAAAGAUUCCCACAAGACCCGUUAUGAUGAGGAGCAUCGAGUGAUCUGGCGAGAUCUUCUCUUGCCGAUACCCUCCGACCCCAGCAAGAAGGUUGCUGUGGGGCAGUUACAGUGUCCUCUGCUGUUGAUCGUGGGUGAAGAUGAUCAGAACUGCGCAUCUGCUGAGUCGGCUGAAGACAUGGAGAAGAUGAUGGAGGAGGCUGGAAACAGUCAUCUGUUGACCAUCCUCUCCUACCCUGGGGCGGGACACCUGAUUGAGCCCCCCUACACCCCGCAUAUUGCCUCUAGCAACUUUAUGGUUGCUGCAUCAGGAGGAAAAGUGGUGGCUCUCUGGGGAGGGGAGGUCAGAGCGCACUCUCGUGCCCAGGAGGACUCCUGGCACAGAAUCUUGGCCUUCCUGGAGCAGCACCUUUACGGCCCAGACCUGAAAACCCCCGGGGACCUGUGA